AGUCGGAGCCCGCUGCGGCCCCUGAGGAAGGAAGCAAGGAGUCGUCCGCGUCGGCUGAGGCGGGCAGAACAGCGACGCUGCGGCUUCAGGCCUCCAGGGACUCGAAGCUCGAGCAGCGGCCGCGACAGAUCAUCUCUUCCCUCGCCCCCUCGGAGGCGGCGUCGGCGGCGUCGUCGUCGUCGUCGUUGGGAGCGGUAGUGCCCCCCCUGGGCACAGGGCCAUGUACAACGGGAUCGGGCUGCCGACGCCCCGGGGCAGCGGCACCAACGGCUACGUUCAACGCAACCUGUCCCUGGUGCGGGGCCGCCGGGGUGAGCGGCCUGACUACAAGGGAGAGGAGGAACUGCGGCGCCUGGAGGCUGCCCUGGUGAAGCGGCCUAAUCCUGACAUCCUGGACCACGAGCGCAAGCGGCGCGUGGAGCUGCGAUGCCUCGAGCUGGAGGAGAUGAUGGAAGAGCAGGGGUACGAGGAACAACAAAUUCAGGAGAAAGUGGCGACUUUUCGACUCAUGUUGCUGGAGAAGGAUGUGAACCCUGGGGGCAAGGAAGAGACCCCAGGGCAGAGGCCAGCGGUGACUGAGACCCAUCAGUUGGCAGAAUUGAAUGAGAAGAAGAAUGAGCGACUCCGUGCUGCCUUUGGUAUUAGUGAUUCCUAUGUGGAUGGGAGUUCUUUUGAUCCUCAGCGUCGUGCUCGAGAAGCUAAACAACCAGCUCCUGAGCCUCCCAAACCUUACAGCCUUGUCCGGGAGACCAGCAGUUCCCGCUCUCCAACCCCAAAGCAAAAGAAGAAGAAAAAGAAGAAAGACAGAGGACGCCGCUCAGAGAGCAGCUCUCCCCGUCGGGAGAGGAAGAAGAGCUCCAAGAAGAAGAAGCACAGGUCAGAAUCUGAGUCCAAGAAACGGAAGCACAGGUCUCCCACUCCAAAGAGCAAACGUAAAUCAAAGGACAAGAAGAGGAAGCGGUCUAGAAGUACAACACCAGCUCCUAAGAGCCGUCGGACCCACCGUUCAACCUCUGCUGACUCUGCUUCCUCUUCUGAUACAUCUCGUAGUCGGUCUCGAAGUGCUGCUGCUAAAAUCCAUACAACUGCCUUGACUGGGCAAAGUUCACCCCCUGCUUCAGGGUGUCAAGGGGAGGGAGAUGCACCUUCUAGUGAACCAGGUACCAACAACAAACAGCCUAGCAGCCCAGAGCCCUCUACAAAGCAGCCAGGCAGCCCUUAUGAAGACAGAGACAAGAAAGAGAAAUCGGCAGUUCGACCUAGCCCCUCUCCGGAAAGGAGCAGCAGCACAGGCCCAGAACCUCCUGCUCCCAUUCCGCUCCUUGCUGAGCAACAUGGCAACUCCCCACAACCCAUUUCAACAUGCCAGGAACCAGUUAAGCACUCAUCUGAGGUCUCCCCAACCCGAGGCCGAUCAGCACCUAAGUCUCCUGAGAAUCCUCCCCAGUCUUCUUCCUCAGAGAGCUCUCCACCAUCCCCUCAGCCUACCAAAGUUUCCCGGCAUGCCAGCUCCUCCCCUGAAAGUCCUAAGCCUACACCAACCACUGGGGCCCGCCGAGAGAUUUCUUCUUCUCCAACAUCCAAGAAUCGCGCACAUGGCCGAUCAAAGCGGGAUAAAUCACAUUCUCAUACCCCCUCACGUAGGGCAGGAAAGUCUCGUAGUCCUGCCACUACUAAGAGAGGGCGAUCUCGGUCUAGAACCCCUAAUAAGAGAGGUCAUUCUAGGUCCCGGUCCCCUCAGUGGCGUAGGUCCCGGUCUGCACAGAGGUGGGGAAGAUCUAGAAGCCCCCAGCGGCGUGGCCGCUCUAGGUCUCCUCAGCGCCCAGGCUGGUCCAGGAGCAGAAAUAACCAGAGAAGAGGCAGGUCUAGAUCAGCAAGACGAGGCAGGUCACACUCUAGAUCUCCAGCCACCAGGGGUAGAUCCCGUUCUAGAACACCAACUCGACGGGGUAGGUCCCGCUCUAGAACGCCUGCCAGGCGGCGAUCACGAUCCAGAACACCUACUCGGCGUAGGUCUAGGUCGAGAACACCAGCCCGGAGGGGCAGAUCCCGUUCGAGAACACCUGCUAGGCGCAGAUCUAGGACCCGGUCACCCGUACGCAGGCGAUCUCGUAGCAGGUCACCAGCUAGGAGAAGUGGCAGGUCACGGUCUAGAAGCCCCGCCAGGCGUGGCCGCUCACGUUCUAGAACACCAGCGAGAAGAGGGAGGUCACGGUCUAGAACUCCCACCCGACGUGGUGGCCGCUCACGCUCUAGAACACCUGCCAGGAGAGGGAGGUCUCGGUCUAGAACUCCAGCAAGACGAAGAUCGCGUAGUAGGAGUCUAGUUAGACGAAGAUCUCACUCCCGAACACCACAAAGAAGAGGAAGGUCUGGCUCAUCAUCAGAGCGGAAGAACAAAUCUAGAACAUCUCAGAGGAGGAGCAGAUCUAACUCAAGCCCAGAAGUGAAAAAGUCCCAUGCUUCUUCAAGGCGGAGCAGGUCUCUUUCUUCAUCACGUUCCAAAACAAAAUCUUGCUUGUCUUUGAGGCGGAGCCCUUCAGGAUCCUCUCCAGGUCCCAAACAAAAAUCACAGACACCAACACGACGAAGUCGCUCUGGAUCUUCACCACCUAAACAGAAAUCUAAAACACCACCAAGGCAUAGUUUAUCUCCUCACCCUAAAUUAAAAUCUGGAACACCACCAAGGCAAGGGUCUGUAACAAGUCCCCAGGCCAAUGAACUGUCUGCAACUCCACAAAGACAGAGUCGUUCUGAAUCAUCACCGGACCCUGAGGUGAAAUCUAGGACCCCUUCAAGACAUAGCUGCUCUGGGUCCUCUCCUCGAGUGAAAUCUAGCACACCUCAGAAAGGAAGCCCAUCUAGGUCAUCCUCUCCACAACCCAAAGUGAAGAUGAUUUCUUCACCAAGACGAAGUUGUUCUGAUUCCUCCUCACCAAGUCCUAGUAGAGUGACAUCUAGAACACCUCCAAGGCAAAGCAGAUCAGAGUCUCCCUGCUCCAAGGUGGAAGAUAGAUUGCUGUCAAGAUAUAGUCGUUCUAGAUCUUCAUCACCAGAUACCAAAGUUAAACCUGGAACACCACCAAGACAAAGUCACUCAGGAUCUACAUCACCAUACCCCAAAGUAAAGCUCCAAACUCCACCAGAGCAAAGUGUUUCUGGAUCAAAAUCACCGUGUUCCCAAGAGAAGUCUAAAGAUUCACCACCACCAAGUUGCUCUGGGUCCUAUCUAGGAGUGACUUCUAGCACACCACCAGGAGAGAGCUGUUUUGGCCCCACUCUGCAACAGGCAGGACAAUCUCAAACUUCACCAGACCCCGGGUCUGAUACUUCAAGUCCAGAUGUGAGACAGAGUCACUUAGAAUCUCCAUCUCUGCAGAGGAAAUCUCAGACAUCUCCUAAGGGUGGUGGCAUGUCCAGGUCCUCAUCUCCAGUCAUGGAGCUGGCACCCAGAUCACCAACAAAACCAGAUAGAAGUCCAUUGUCAACAGGUCCAGUGCUUAAAUCAGAAAUGUCUCCUGAGCAGAGCACAUCUCAGCCAGACCCUUUUAUGCUUGACUCUAAUCUUUAUCCUGCAGUGGACUCUAACUCUCUUUUGGUACAGAGCAGUUUGGAACCUUCUGAGUCACAAGAGAAAAUAGGCUUAACUCUUAAAGAAGAUAUUACUGCAUCAUCUCCUAGACCAAGAGACAAAAUUAGUCCUGAAGACUCAGUUAGGCCCGAGUCCUCACCAGUGCUAAAAGACAUACCUACAACCCCAUCAAGGGAGAGAAGUGGAGCUGGGUCACCUCUGGAUACAGGAGACCAAAGUAGUAUAUUACCUAAGUCAAGCCAAAGAGAGGAGUUUAUGGAAGUGGUGGAGAAAUCUGAACAACCACACCAAAUUUUGCCUAGUUUGUCUCCAGAACUUAAGGAAAUGGCUGGAAGUAACUUGGAGUCAUCUCCUGAAAUAGAAGCAAGACCUGCUGUGUUCACUGUUGACCAAAGUCAAUCACAGGCUUCUUCAGAAGCUGUAGGAAUUUCUACAGUGGCUUGUUGGGGUGUGCCACAUAUCUCCCCUGAACAUAAAGAACUUUCUCAUUCUCCUUCCCAGGAGAAUAUUGGAUCCUCUUUAGAACCUAGAAACUUGCUACCUGUAACAGAAGUGAAUACUGAUUUUUCUCCUGAGGUAAAAGACUUGAAUGGACCUUUCCUUAACCAGCUGGAGACAGAGCCAUCUGCAGACAUGAAAGAACAAUUAACAAUGUCCUCUAGGCGUAGCAGUUCUGAGUUAUCCCCAGAUGUAGUAGAAAAGGUAGGAAUGUCUUCAGCUCACAGUGUCUCUUCACCUGUACUUGAUACUGCACCCAGAACACCCUCAAGAGAAAGAAGUAGUUCUACAUCGUCUCCUGAGCUGAAAGAUGGCUUACCUAGAACUCCAUCGAGGAGAAGCCGGUCUGGGUCUUCUCCAGGACUUAGAGAUGGGUCUGGAACCCCCUCUAGGCAUAGCCUUUCUGGGUCUUCUCCUGGAAUGAAAGAUAUACCUAGGACUCCAUCUAGGGGGCAAAGUGAAUGUGAGUCUUCCCCUGAACCAAAAGCAUUGCCUCAGACUCCUAGGGCAAGAAGUCGUUCUCCAUCAUCACCAGAGCUCAACAACAAGUGUCUGACUCCACAGAGAGAGAGAAGUGGGUCAGAAUCAUCAGUUGAACAGAAAACUGUGGCUAGGACCCCCAUUGGGCAAAGAAGUCCAUCAGGAUCUUCUCAAGAGCUUGAUGGGAAACCCAUUGCAUCUCCUCAGGAAGGGAGUGAGUCAGACUCUUCAGAUUCUAAGGCCAAGACACGAUCCCCACUUAGACAGAGGAGUCACUCUGGAUCCUCUCCAGAGGUUGAUAGCAAAUCUAGACCUUCUCCCCGGCGCAGUAGAUCUGGAUCAUCCCCUGAAGUGAAAGACAAGCCAAGAGUGGUGCCAAGGGAUGAGAGUGGAACUGAUUCCUCUCCUGAGCCCAAGGUACCUGCCCCUCGUGCCCUGCCCAGGCGAAGCAGGUCAGGUUCUUCAAGCAAAGGUAGAGGGCCUUCUGCUGAGGGAAGCAGUAGUUCUGAGUCCUCACCAGAACACCCACCCAAAUCCAGAACGGCUCGGAGAGACUCCAGGUCCUCGGUGGAACCAAAAACCAAGUCUCGCACACCACCACGACGUCGCAGCUCUCGAUCAUCUCCUGAGCUAACUAGGAAGGCCAGAGUAUCCCGAAGAAGUCGCUCUGCUUCCUCAUCACCAGAAACCCGAUCUAGAACUCCCCCAAGACGCCGCCGGAGCCCUUCAGUGUCUUCCCCAGAGCCAGCUGAAAAGUCGAGGUCUUCUCGGAGGCGGCGCUCAGCUUCAUCUCCACGUACUAAGACAACUUCAAGGAGAGGCCGGUCUCCUUCACCAAAACCUCGUGGACUCCAGAGAUCUCGUUCCCGCUCACGCAGGGAAAAAGCAAGAACGACCCGACGUCGAGAUAGGUCUGGAUCUUCUCAGUCAACCUCCCGGAGGAGACAAAGAAGCCGCUCUAGGUCUCGGGUCACCCGUCGGCGAAGGGGUGGCUCUGGUUACCAUUCUAGGUCACCUACCCGGCAGGAGAGUUCUAGAACCUCUUCUCGACGCCGAAGAGGCCGCUCUCGGACACCCCUGACCAGUCGGAAGCGAUCUCGAUCACGCACCUCACCAGCCCCAUGGAAACGCUCUAGAUCUCGAGCCUCGCCAGCCACUCACCGGCGGUCCAGGUCCAGAACACCUCUUAUCAGCCGACGUCGUUCCAGGUCUCGGACCUCACCUGUGGGUCGGAGACGGUCAAGGUCAAGAACAUCAGUGAAUCGGCGAAGGUCUCGAUCACGAGCAUCCCCAAUGAGUCGAAGACGGUCCAGGUCCAGGACACCACCAGUAACCCGCCGUCGUUCAAGAUCUAGAACGCCUGCAACACGCCGUCGUUCAAGAUCUAGAACCCCUCCAGUGACUCGCCGGCGGUCCAGGUCUAGGACUCCACCAGUGACCAGAAGGCGAUCUCGAAGCCGAACAUCACCUAUCACUCGCCGAAGAUCAAGAUCCAGGACAUCCCCAGUCACUCGCAGAAGAUCAAGAUCCAGGACAUCCCCAGUUACUCGGAGAAGGUCCCGCUCUCGAACCUCUCCAGUGACACGACGCCGUUCUAGAUCCCGAACUCCUCCAGCUAUUCGGAGACGCUCUAGGUCUCGAACACCAUUGUUGCCCCGCAAACGUUCACGAAGUCGCUCACUUGCCAUCCGCCGCAGGUCUAGGUCCCGUACUCCUCGAGCAGCUCGGGGCAAAAGGUCUUUAACAAGAUCCCCUCCAGCCAUUCGUAGGCGUUCUGCUUCUGGAAGUAGUUCUGAUCGUUCACGUUCUGCUACUCCUCCAGCAACAAGGAACCACUCUGGUUCUCGGACCCCUCCUGUGGCACUCAGCAGCUCUAGAAUGGGCUGCUUCAGUCGACCUAGCAUGUCACCAACUCCCCUUGACCGUUGUAGAUCACCUGGGAUGCUUGAACCUCUUGGCAGUGCUAGAACACCCAUGUCUGUCCUGCAGCAAGGUGGUGGCUCGAUGAUGGAUGGUCCGGGUCCCCGAAUGCCUGAUCAUCCAAGAUCAUCUGUGCCAGAAAACCAUGCUCAAUCUAGAAUUGCACUUGCUCUGACAGCCAUCAGUCUUGGCACUGCCCGGCCACCUCCGUCCAUGUCUGCUGCUGGCCUUGCUGCGAGAAUGUCCCAGGUUCCAGCUCCUGUGCCUCUCAUGAGCCUCAGAACAGCACCAGCCGCCAAUCUUGCAAGCCGAAUUCCUGCAGCAUCUGCAGCUGCCAUGAACCUUGGCAGUGCCAGGUCACCUGCCAUUCCAACAGCAGUGAAUCUGGCUGACUCCCGAGCACCAACUGCAGCAGCUGCCAUGAACUUGGCCAGUCCCAGAACAGCAGUGGCUCCAUCAGCUGUGAACCUUGCUGACCCUCGAACCCCCACAGCUACGGCUGUGAACCUAGCGGGAGCCAGAACACCGGCUGCGUUGGCAGCUUUGAGUCUCUCAGGUUCUGGCACACCUCCAAGUGCUGCAAAUUAUCCUUCCAGCUCCAGAACACCACAGGCUCCUGCCCCUGCAAACCUGGUGGGGCCUCGAUCUGCACAUGCCACUGCUCCUGUGAAUAUUGCCAGCUCCAGAACCUCUGCAGCCUUGGCCUCUGCAAGUCUCUCGAGUGCUAGGAUGGCUCCUGCAUUGUCUGGUGCAAACCUUACCAGUCCAAGAGUGCCCCUCUCUGCUUAUGAUCGUGUUAGUGGCAGAACCUCACCCUCAUUGCUUGACCGAGCCAGGUCUAGAACACCACCAUCUGCCCCAAGCCAGUCUAGAAUGACUUCUGAGCGGGCUCCCUCCCCUGCCUCCAGAAUGAUUCAGGCUCCUUCACAGUCUCUUCUCCUUCCAGCACAGGAUCGGCCUAGGUCCCCUGUGCCAUCUGCUUUUUCAGACCAAUCCCGUUCUUCAGUUGCCCAAACAACCUCUGUAGCAGGGUCUCAGUCCCUUUCCUCUGGGACAGUGGCAAAGACCACGUCCUCUGCUGGUGACCACAAUGGCAUGCUCUCUGGCCCUGCUUCUGGGGUACCCCACUCAGAGGGUGGGGAGCCAUCUGCUUCUGGGGCCCAGCAGCCUUCAGCAUUAGCUACCCUGCAACCUGCAAAGGAACGGCGGAGCUCUUCCUCCUCUUCAUCAUCCUCCAGCUCCAGCUCCUCCUCCUCCUCCUCAUCUUCAUCGUCGUCAUCGUCAUCUUCUGGCUCCAGUUCUAGUGAUUCUGAAGGCUCUAGCCUUCCUGCUCAACCUGAGGUGGUACUGAAAAGGGUCCCUAGCCCCACCCCAGCCCCAAAGGAGACUGUUCGAGAGGGACGUCCUCAGGAGCCAGCUCCAGCCAAACGGAAGAGGCGUUCUAGCAGUUCCAGUUCCAGCUCCUCCUCUUCCUCUUCUUCCUCCUCCUCUUCCUCUUCCUCCUCUUCUUCCUCCUCCUCCUCCUCCUCUUCCUCUUCCUCUUCCUCCUCUUCUUCCUCCCCAUCACCUGCUAAACCUGGCCCUCAGGCCUUACCCAAACCUGCAAGUCCCAAGAAGCAACCCUCUGGCGAGCAGAGGUCUCGCAGUCCUCGGAAGCCAAUAGACUCUCUCCGAGAUUCCCGGUCUCUCAGUUACUCACCCGUGGAGCGUCGCCAGCCCUCGCCCCAGCCCACAUCCCGGGACCAGCAGGGUAGCGAGCGGGUUUCCCGCAGAGGCCAGCGUGGGGACAGCCAUUCUCCUGGGCACAAGCGCAGGAAGGAGACACCUAGUCCUCGACCCAAUCGACAUCGUUCCUCCAGGUCUCCAUAAAUUUUGAGGGAUUCUACAACACCCCAUGCUCUGGAGCACAGGAGUGCCCCUCAUUUUCCCAGAAGAGCCAUGGGAGAGAUUAUUUGCCUGUCCUCUUAAGCCCUGGCAUUUGUGGGGGGGAUCCUCUUCUAUCCUUCCCCCUUUUUUCUUUGUUCCUGUGAAAUGUUAAUCUCUGUGAGUUUUUCUGGGUUCAUGUGUUUGGGGGUUUGGGGUGGGAGGGACUGCAGGUGUGAGUUGGGUAGAUAGGGGGAGAUCAGUUCAGGAUAUGCAGGCCUAGAAUCAGGCCCAAGGACUGGUGUAGUCCAAGUUCUGGGGGUGACAGAUGGUUUUGAGACUUGGUAAGUUAUAUGCUCUUUGAAGGGGAAGGAGUGUAAGUUGAUUGGUCCUACUUGACCCCCCCAUUAGGUUGUGAUUCCCUCCCCCCAACUUUCAAGUUUCUUAAGGCAUUUGUUUUUUUUAAAUCUGUACAGCAAGAGCAACUUUUUCUGUCAAAUAAAAAUAAGAAAUGCAGGAAA